GCUCCUCUCGCCGGCUCCUCACUCCACCUCCUUCCUCCCGCUCCUCCCGCCGGCUCCUCCCGGGGCGGGCGCUCCGGCCACGGCCGUGUCAGCCCAGCCACGGCAGCAGCGAGCAUGUCCUCCAGUAGGGCCAAGAAAGUGAAGAUGGCCACCAAGUCCUGCCCCGAGUGCGACCAGCAGGUUCCUGUUGCAUGUAAAUCAUGUCCCUGUGGCUACAUAUUUAUCAGCCGAAAACUCUUGCACGCCAAACGUGCUGAGAGAUCCCCACCCAUCACAGAAAACAAGAGUGAGGCCAAAAGGAGGCGGACAGAGAGAGUUAAGCGAGAGAAGAUCAAUUCUGCAGUGAGUAAAGACUUAGAAAACCGCAAGAGAUCCAGGUCCAACAGCCAUUCAGACCACAGCAGACGAGGAAGAGGAAGACCUAAGAGUGCCUCAGCAAAAAAGCACGAGGAAGAAAAAGAGAAACAAGAAAAAGAAGUUGACAUGUAUGCUAACCUUUCAGAUGAAAAGGCCUUCGUAUUUUCAGUGGCCUUGGCGGAAAUAAACAGAAAAAUUAUCAAUCAAAGACUUAUUCUGUAACUUGUGAGCACAAUCUGAUGCAGUUUUAUGCAGGAUGGCUGGCAGAUUUCCAAGGUGCCAUGGACUCUCGGAAAGUGUGUUGUCUGCACCAACAAGGACCAUAGCAUUUCCUGUUAAAAAUUCUACUCCUGUUCUUGGAAAUCCAGUUCUGUCUCUACAAAUCAGAAAGAAAGUGGUCACGAGAUUGUGCUGUGAAAAAUCAGAAAGCAGAUAUGUUUCAUGCCUUGAAGACAAAUGCACAGAGAGACUGCACCCAUUCCAGAGCACUUCUUUUGAAUUUGCUGCCAGAAAUGCAAUAUUUUAAAUAUUUUCAGAAAUAAAUGAUUUUCCUUUAAAAUUAUAUAUUUCAGAUUUUUCAGCUAUAUUGCAGUUUACGUAUGUACAGUUCACAUAACUUUUUAAUAAAUUGAUAUUCCAAUAUUUUGUUGAACUGAGAAUUAAGUACAUUUGUGAUACUCAGGGUUGUUGGUUUUAAUCCUCUUAAAAGUCUGGUAUUCAUCCUAGCUAUGACAUUUUGUAAUAGGUGUGAUAUACUUCUGGUAGGAAGAAAAUUAAAGUGGUUUAAUUUGGGAGGAUUAUUUUGUUAGACAACAUCCUAUUUUUUAUGAAUUAUCUCUAGAAGAUAAUUUCUUGCUCCAUAGAAUUGUUUUUUUAAAAAUCAUAUACUUUGGGGGUCAGACUCCUGAAGUUUGAGCCAAGCACUUGUUUUGUAACAAUUAUUUGCUGAGUAUCUGCCUUGUCCAGCUGGUAAGUUCUUGUCCUGUACUCUUUCUUGGCCCAUUAUUUACUGGACAGGGAGAGAAGGAGACAUCAAAAAUGUAGAUCUGCAGUUGGCAUUCUGUGACUUGUAUUUCCAAAACAUCAUGUGGUAGUUCCUUUUACUCCCCAUAGCUUUUUUUGACUGUCUUUUAAAAGCAUAAUUGUUAUUGGUAUUGUGUUUGGAUUGCUGACUGUAAAUACCAAAACAAAGUGUACCUGAGUUUGCAAAAAUGAGCUGUUUUGAUAUAAAUAGUUCUGGGGAAGACAUUUAACAAAGUAGUCUUUCUUAAAGUAGUAUAGUGCAAUUUCAGCCAAAAUUCUUCCUUUAAUAAUUAUGUGGGGACUUUAUUUUACCAAGGAAAAACCACAAAGUCUCAAGCUGUGUAAAGUCCUGAGGGAGGAGGUGUAGGAGAUAAUUACAUUCAUAAAAUCUGACGCACUGGGAUUUAGUCACCUUUAAUUUCCUCUAUUCUAGGAGGGGAAAUGCAACUAAAUGUCUUUCUUCAGUAUUUACUGGUGGUUUUCAGUAUCACAUUGAGUAAUGAGAAUUGCCUGAUGAGGUUCAGCUACAGAAGUGAUCUCUGGGUGGAAGCCAAAAUGUUUAUUAAUAAAGCUGGACUAUCAGAUACUGGCUGUUUAUUAGUUACUGAUUAACAGAGGGAGCUGUGAGAGCUGCAAGUUGUGUAAGUGAAAGCAGGAAGCAUGGAAGGUGCUUUUCACUUCUUAACUCCUAAGGAAUUACUUGCAUCCUUGUUAACACUGGAUGAGAGACAUGGUGUGGAAAUGUGCUUAAGCCACUAAAACACGUUUGUCUUUAUUGCAGUAAAUGAGAAAUUGCCAAUACAAGACCUACUUUUGUGCAUCAUUGAACUUGUGCUUCCCAGAGCUGUAGCCUGUCACAGACACCAGUAGUGAGGACAGAUGAGUCAGUUAAGGAUAGAGAAUUCAUUUGCAUGGUAAGUUACAAGUCCCAGUGACAAAAGGGAAGUUCUGCCAUGAGGGUAUGGUCAGGCUGGAAUGAGGUGUGCUGUGUUAGGGAGGGACAGGGGAGCUGCCAAGGCAGUCUCCUUGGUGCUCUGACUGCUUUCCUGCAGGUUUCUGUCUCUGCUUCUGUACGUGGAAUUGGUUUCUGUCACAGGACCAAAGUUAAUGUUGGAUAUGACAAAACUGUAAGUUCAUUUCUACAUUUAGAGUGGUGCCUUUUCUAAUCAGUACUUUUGAAAAACAGGUUUGUACCUCUCAAAUGUGCAAGGCCAUUUAUUCUCCUUCAUUGGUGGAGGUUCUCCUGAAACAGUGGUUGAGUUCUAUUUCUGUGUUUCUUCUAUUUGUAUUCCCCAGGUCUCUUCUGUCAUCCCUUUCCCACAUAUCCUCAUGCUACUUUUCUUCCUGAUGGCUUCCAGUUUCUCUGAGAAAGCUGUGAUGGAAGCUGGUGGCCUUGAAAACACUCUAGGCAGGGAGUGGGUCUUUGCCAGGGGAUCUGGCAAAGCAAGAAACCUGACUUUGUCUUCCCACCAACCAGGAACAAACCAUUCUUUCCUGUAUAGACAGGGCAUUGCAGCCUCUUCCAAAAGCCCUGGUUACUGUGGUGUGCCAAGACAGAUUUCUUGGAACAUAUUCAGUAACUGAACUGCAAAGUGUCUGCUUUGUUCAAAGUAGGCAUCAGCAUGAUGGAUCUCAAGAGCUCUUUCUUUUGUGUGUUAGAGAUGAUCCGUGGAUGAAACACUGACAAAUCACUGGAGAUUAUAAUUGUAAAUUGCAUUUGUUCUCCAUCUAUGAAAGUAAAAUAAAGCCAGUGACAGCUGAAUGAUGAAAGUGUAAAAUUCUGUGUACUGCAGCUCUGACUUGCUUGGAAACUGCAUAGUUUCCAAGAAGCAAGAAAAAAUAUGGUAAGGCUUCAGGAAGCUGCUUAUGUGAAGAUUUUCUUGUGACUAGUUUCAGUGUAAGAUUUUAGGCUCUGCCUUUGUCAUUGUGGUUCAGGCUGACUUCAUUUAUUUCACUGCAUUUUUUGUGGCCUGCAACCUCACAUGGAAAAAUACUCUUUCAGAAAAAAGUGAGUUAGGCUGCAGUUUUUUAAUGAAAGAAAGAAGAUAAAGUGCAGUACCACUGCACCUCUGUACAUGUUGACUUGUCUGACUGGAUAAACUGUUUGUUGUGAACCAAAUAGUUUAGGAUUGUAUUGGGAACUGUCUGUUUGUAAACCACCUUUUAACAAGUUCUGCUUUCUGCCACUUAUCCAUUUUUUCCCCCGGAGAUCUGUGCUUCCAGUGUUUAUAGUUUUGUGUAAUAGCAUGUCUGACCAUCAAAUGGACUCACAGUUCAAAUUUUGCUUUGAGAUUUCUCUGCAUUUCCCCUGCUCUGCUCCUAGAUGGCAGCCUUAUUCCAAACAGCUCCCUGGUGUUCAGCCUCCUCACCAUGGAGACCGGCAAACUGGAGUGUUCCGUUUGCAGUGAGGGCAACCUGAAAGAUCGUUUCUCUUUAGAACAUCACUCUUACCUAGCAAGGGAAAGGAAGAUCCUGCUAAUGGAUGUCUGCACUGAAACAUUGCUUCAUCAGUGCUGGAGCUGUGAGGAUUGGUGGAGUUGGAUAAUUUGUCAGGACCAAAGAAUUCAGAACUUUAAAUUGGCAAAUAGAAAAUUGUUUAAGGAAACUUGUCACCUCCCAUGGAAGCCCCCUGAAAGCUUUCUUUGGUGAAAUUUUACCAACAUCUUUUAAUGGUCCAGUUACUUUGUUCUGAUACUGCUAUGGUUGAUUAAAAAAAGGUGAAAUUGGGACAAAGUAUUGGGGAAUACUUUGCAAAUUAUCAUUGUCCUGUGGCUGGGCAGGAUUUAUUGAGAAAGAGACUAAAAUGAGAUACUAGCUUUGGAUAUCAGUUCCCAAAGAAGGUUGGUUUUAUAUAGUGCUUUUUGAUUUUUUUUCCUUUUGUAGUUUUUCUAGAUUUUGGGAUGUGUUAGAGUGAAACAGUGAUCAUGUAGGCUAUUAGCAGUUCUGUGUCUGUUCCUUGUAUCUUGGACUGUACUAUGAAGGAUGUUUAGCAUCUCACUGCCUAACAGGACAUGGUGCUUGGCUUCUGAUCACCUUUAAGGUAUUGACAACCUGUGAUUAAAGCAGAAAGCUGUGUUAAGGCACAGUUUAGGUUGGGCCUGUUUGAGAGGGAUCCCUGUGUGUGCAUGCACAGGUGCAGGUGUGCUGUAACCUCUGGUGUCUGUGCCAGGGCUUUUGUUUGCUUGGGGAGUGUUCCAAGCAAACCUCGUGGUACUCUGCACCUCCAGGGCUUAGAUUUGCAUCAUGGACCUGUCUUGGGAAGCAGGAUGGACAGGGCUCUUACAGGGGAACUGGCCUGGAAGGUUGUUCAGCUGUCGCUGGGUGUUUGGUCUGCAGGACCUGGACUCCUUGUGGCUGCUGCUGGGCUCUCAGUUCAAACUGUUCCACUCUACAGAUUUUCCUGCUUGUUGUGGCAAUACAGAGAGCCAGUGUUAACAGCCAGUGCUUUCAGGUGAGUCCAGAAGCAAUUUGUCCUUCAAAGUAUUGACUGUGCUGUCAGUGUUUUUGUGGUAGGUUUCUCAUUCAUUUCACUGUGGGUUCUGGAAAAUAACCUCUGGCAAAUCUGACUGCAGCAUUCCAAGGCAUUGCUUUCCCCAGUUAUUUGCCUAUCCUUUAAGGAGGUUGCCACUUUGGUUGCAGUGGUACUGGGACAGCUCUAAAAAUAAUAGAAUAAUUUUAUUUCCUCUUUUUUCAGGUUACCACUUUCAAAACAGGUUACAGAAUUUUAAGUCUGGUUGUCCCAAUGUUAUAAAUGAUUAAGCAGGUGUUUUGGUUGAGAUGAAAAUCAGUUUUUCUGCAUUAUGGCAGAUCAUGAUUUCCACAGAUAUUGUGAGGUCAUAAUGAAAUGAAAAUAUCUGUGAAUCAAUAUACUAAAAUAUUUGGGGUUUUUUUCCUGCACUUACUUCAGAGUGGUUUCUGGCACUGCCAGCUGUUGGUUAGGAUGUGUCAUCUAAGUAAGAGGCAAGGAAUUGAUUAGGCAGGAGGCACUGAGACUGGAUAAAUACCUGUAUUUAUUUUUUUCUGCAGAAGAAAACCUAAACCUGCUUUCACCAAUGUUGUUUAAAAUUUCAAGCCCAGAACAUGGUUCACAUGAAUCAUGUGGUGUCUUCAUGCAGCAUUUCCCCAGGAAAAGAUCAGGUACCUCUUCUUCAUCUUCCCUUCAGUCCCCCUCAUAAGUUGCUUUUUUUGGUGUUUCUUAACUUUGUACAUCAAACCUGAGCUCUGCCUUUGGUCUUCUACUAAGUGUUAUUUCUCUCAAUUAUAACUUACUAAUUUUGUUAAUUACAGUUAAGAAUUAAAUACUAUUUUUAAUCCUGGACGGCAUUGAGGACCAUAAAAUGCUGUUAAGAAAAGUGAGUGUUCCAGAUACCAGGAGCACAAAUAUUAAUAGUCUGGAAGCUUACCAAAUUUCUGUGGUUUGUUUUGUCUUGGAACAAAUAACUUAUGAAUAUUUAAUGGAAAAUACAAUGCUAAUAAAGAGAAAUCUUCAGACUG